AUGACGAAUAGCUGGACUGGUACCUUUAAGAGAAGAGUGGUCGUAGUGGACGACCCAAAAACAUCUGCCCGAGGAGUUCCUUUCAGAGAUCAAGGUAUUGGGCCACUUGCUUUAAGACCUUCUCAAUUCCCUUCUAAACGCCUCUCUGGGAGUAGAGUUCGAGUACGCUACCGAAGCGAAAAUCCCCAGUUCCAUUCACUUGACGUGAACGAAGUAAAUGGGUUGCUUCUGAAAGCUACCUCCCCUCUACCUCCUCCCCUCCACUUUGUUUCCCCCUUUCCCCCAUUUUUUAAGGGGCGCAAGCCUUCUGCCCCCGUAUGA